AUGUCUCUCGCUCGUACCUUUCUUCGUACAUCACGUGCAUUGCGCACGCAGAGCAGCCCGGUGCAAUGCGCGCUGGGCAACAGGGGAGCGCAGCAGUAUGUGAACUCGACGAGGAGCUACGCCACUGCCUUUGAGCGCAACAAGCCGCACGUCAACAUUGGCACGAUCGGACACGUUGACCAUGGAAAGACAACCCUCACAGCAGCCAUCACGAAGCGGCAAGCAGAGAAGGGCUACGCCUCCUACCUCGAAUACGGCUCCAUUGACAAGGCACCCGAAGAACGCAAGCGCGGUAUCACCAUCUCCACUGCCCACAUCGAGUACCAGACCGACACUCGCCACUAUGCCCACGUCGACUGUCCCGGUCACGCCGAUUACAUCAAGAACAUGAUUACGGGUGCGGCUUCUAUGGAUGGCGCUAUCAUUGUCGUGGCGGCCAGCGAUGGACAGAUGCCACAGACAAGAGAGCACUUGCUGCUCGCUCGCCAAGUCGGUGUCAAGAGGAUUGUCGUUUUUGUGAACAAGGUGGAUGCGAUUGAGGACAAGGAGAUGUUGGAGCUCGUCGAGAUGGAGAUGCGCGAACUUCUCUCUUCCUACGGUUUCGAGGGCGACGACACUCCCAUCAUCCUUGGGUCGGCACUUUGCGCCAUUGAAGGACGUGAGCCUGAAAUUGGUGUAACAAAAGUUGAUGAGCUCCUCGCAUCCGUGGACGAGUGGAUUCCAACACCCCAGCGUGAAACCGACAAGCCAUUCCUUAUGUCCGUCGAGGACGUCUUCUCCAUCCCUGGCCGAGGUACCGUCGCUUCUGGUCGUGUGGAGCGUGGUAUCUUGAAGCGGGAUGCAGAAGUCGAACUCGUGGGCAAGAACGCUACGCCGAUCAAGACCAAGGUCACCGAUAUCGAAACGUUCAAGAAGUCCUGUACCGAGUCGCGGGCGGGAGACAACUCCGGCCUUCUCCUUCGUGGCGUCAAGCGCGACGACGUGCUCCGCGGUAUGGUCAUCUCCGUCCCUGGCGCUCUGAAGGCCUACCGCAAAUUCCUCGUGUCCAUGUAUGUCCUCACCAAGGAGGAAGGUGGCCGACACACGGGUUUCCACAACAACUACAAGCCGCAGAUGUUCAUCCGGACAGCCGACGAGGCCGCCACCGUUACCUGGCCCGAGGGCACCGAGGGCGCAAAGGAGGACAAGAUGGUGAUGCCAGGCGACAACGUGGAGAUGGUCUGCGAGAUCCACAAGCCGUUGGCCGUGGAGCAAGGACAGAGGUUCAACAUCCGUGAGGGCGGCCGUACUGUGGCGACUGGCCUCAUCACGCGGAUUAUGGAGUAA